AUGCCGGUGUACUCAAACCCAGACGCAUUGAGUGCAGAUUUCCUCAGGCUUGUCAACUCGCCCGUCGGUGCAGAUGUCCGCCUUAUCAUCGGAGAAGAAAAGAUGGUGAUGCACGGACACGCACUGAUCCUCCAGACACGCAGCGAGUACUUUGCCCGAGCCCUCACCACAGACUGGAAAGAAUCCCAUCAAGGCAACAUCAUCCACAAACCCAACAUCCUCCCUGCCAUAUUCCUCCAAAUCCUUCAAUUCCUCUACACCGGCCGCAUCGAUCUUACCGAAACUACCGUCAUGGAUCUCAUCCGAGCAGCGGACGAACUCUGUCUGGACGAUUUGCUUUUUGGAUGUGAACGGUUUGCGUUGACGAUGUUGUGUCGGGACAAUGUACUCGAGAUGGUCGAAUUGGCGAGUCGACAUCGAUUGGGGCAGUUGAAGACCGAGUGCUUGGACUUUAUUGCGGCCAAUAUUGAGCAUUUGAAGCGUGGACGGGGCAUUUGUCAGGUCGACGAUGGGAUUUUGAAGGAUAUUUUGGCGAUGGAUCAGUUGGAUUUGGAUGAGCUGGAGGUUUGGAAGAUUGCGGUUAGGUGGACGUAUUUCCAGCUUGGGUUAGACUGGGAGACAUGUCCGUUGGCCGAGUUCCCCAAGGGGACCGGGUGUAUUGUUGUCCAACCUGUUCCUGACCCCGAAGAGGACAGUACAACUGAUUCGCUGUAUCAGGAUCAACAGAAACAGCUCUUCACCAAGAAGGGCUCCUCAGGGAAUGGAUCACCUGGAUCGAUAUCGUCGUCGUCGUUGUCGGAUGACGAGAUGGCAGACGCACGUGUACCUCUUGGGGGAACUACAGUCCAUCUCUCAACAUCACGACAACAGGAUCUGGACGAAGACGGGUUCCGCCAAUCGUCCCAUUCAGUCUUUCAACGCAACGACGCCUGCCACAAGAUCAUCAACCUCCCCAUCUCGGUCCACGAAGACCUCGCUCGCAGGAUCUUGCCUCUCCUCUCCUCAAUCCGGUUCUUGCGGAUCCCCAGCAUGGACUUUUUGCGACUCAUCGAAGGGACAGGACUCCUACCCAUGUACCUUUGUGCAAAAGUCUAUCGACACCAUUCGGUCCCUUCAAUGUCGGAUCCCUAUCAACUUUCACUCCGACGACGAAUGGCGUUUUCAACCAUCCUUAGUAAGGAUCAUAAAGAGAUCUUGUUAGAAUGGCUCCAGGCCGCGAUCCACGGCGCUCAAUCAGGAUCGGGAACUGCAGGAUAUGGAUGGCAUCGUUCUAGGAGUACUACCGCCAACAGUUCCAUUACUACGACUGUUACUGCGACUUCUCCUCGUAGUGGCACUGUUCCGAUUUCAUUAUCCACUUCACCAUCAUCUUCUUUGCCCAACUCUCUCGCAUCUGGAGCAAUUCUAGGUAACUCGCCUCCAGCAUACUGGUCUCGACCCAUGAACAGUAACACCACUAGCACCGCAUCCCACCGUGUAUCAUCGCCCGCCGCCACAACCUCUUCCACAACAAACAUUUCGAAUAUGGGCCAUCGCUCAACACGCUCCGGAAGCAGCCACUCAACCCUCUUCCACUCUGGCGCCCUCACCAACAUCUCACAAUCCCCAACAUCACCCACACACGUCCAAAGCCAACUCCCCCUCCCAAAACUAACCCUCCAAUACCGGGCCACCCGCGACGGCUUCGCCGCCCACAACUUCCACAUGUCCUGCGACCAACGUGGUCCCACCCUCACCGUCGUCCGCGCCGACAACGGGACCAUCUUUGGAGGGUAUAACAGUUCUUCAUGGUCGAGUCACCCAUCAGGGGUUUAUUCCACGUCAAGGGAGAACUUUUUGUUUACUUUGAAGGGUCCCGGACAGUUGACGAGAGAGAAUACGAUGUUUGGGGUGAAGGGGGAUGGAAAUGCGGCGGCGUAUAAUAAGGCGGAUUGUGGACCUACUUUUGGAGUUGGACAUGAUCUUUACCUUGCUUCGUCGUCAUCAACGAUGCCCUCAUCCUACAACGGUCCAGGUGCAUCGACUUCAGCCCUUGCAGGAUCACUCUACUUCCGCGUGCAGGAGUAUGAAGUCUUUCUUGUCCAAUCAUCCGCCACUUCCUCCGCUUAG